AUGACCAACAAAAUAUUCCACUGUCUGUUUAUUCAUUCAUUAGAUAAAAAAUUACAGCACAACAUAACAAGCGGAAUUUUGUUGACGGAUCAUUCUUUGGUGCUUCAAAGUAUCACGCGUAAUUCAGCGGGUGAUUAUGUUUGUUCAUCAGUAAACGAUGAAGUUGCGCCAACUUGCAAGCGUGUAGUAAACUUUGACGUAGUGUCCUCAAAGUCCUUUGGAAAGUCAACCCCAUUCUCAUUCAACGUGCCUGAACAACUACAUGGGGCUUUAAAGCAUGAGAUGAUCAGUCUGGUGUGUGAGGUCGACGCUAACCCAACUUUAGUCACCUUUCGUUGGACUUUCAAUAGCAGCAGUGAGAUACGAGAUAUUUCACCGGUUAAAUUUACCACCGACAGCACUAUCAGCCGACUUAACUACACUCCUGUUACUGACAUGGAUUACGGAACUAUUGGAUGCUGGGCUAGUAACAAUAUAGGGGAAUCCAAAGAGCCCUGUUUUUACCCAGUAAUUCCUGCAGAGAAAAAAUUUCCAAGCCAAGAAUAUCAUUUCGAAUUUAAGAAUUUUUCUGCUCAACCUCUUCAAAAGUAUAGCUUUGGUGAUUCAACGUCGUCAGUAGAUAUGUCGCCCAUUUUAAUUGGCUUGGGUGGGACGGCGACGGGAUUGGGACUCAUUGUCAUGGGUGUACUGAUGGCAUUGUGGAGAAGACAUGCCGCGACGCCGACUAAGCCAAAACAAUCUCAACAACCGACUAUUUCUUCAUUCACUGGAAAGGGUGAAGAAGAGGAUGGCAAUCCUGACAUCAUACCUACUACUGUUUUAAGUAAUCAUUUGUCAGAUAAAAAACUUUCAGUUUACGGUUCUCUGCCGCGCAGACCAUGCCACCUGGAGGGUCGAGAAAUGCUUCAUGACUUUCUUGAAAAUCCGGAUUAUCCUCAAGCUUCGACUAAUAAUUUUUACAGCUUACAAAGACCAAGUCGUUAUUCUGAAACAAUUGUGAGAACAUCAGCACUUCAGGAAAGCUGUAUCUGA